ACGUCAUGACGCCGCCUGGUUGGUGCGUGUGAGGCACCGCCGUAGUCUGUCAGGCCGCUAUGGCUCCCCGGCUCCAGCUGGAGAAGGCGGCCUGGAGAUGGACCGACACCGUCCGCCCGGAGGAGGUGACCCGGGAACACAUAGAGACCGCCUACCGAGUCCUCCUAGAGCCGUGUGUGCGGGGGGUGUGCCGGAGGAACUGUAAGGGGAACCCGAAUUGUCUGGUUGGAGUCGGGGAACACGUGUGGUUGGGGGAGAUCGAUGAGAACACUUUCCAUAAUAUUGACGAUCCCAACUGUGAGAGACGCAAGAAGGACACGUUUGUGGGGUUGACCAAUCUGGGGGCCACGUGUUAUGUGAACACCUUUGUACAGGUGUGGUUCCUGAACAUGGAGCUGCGGAGGGCGCUCUACCUGUAUGAUGAUCCCUCCAGUGUGGAGAAGGCGGAGGAGUGCAUCCUGGAGGACAAAGAAUACGAGCCGCAGAGUAUCUGUGAACACCUCCAGUACCUCUUCGCUCUGCUACAGAACAGCAACCGCCGCUACAUCGACCCCUGCAGCUUCAUCCGAGCGCUGGGAUUGGACACGGGGCAGCAACAGGAUGCUCAGGAGUUCUCCAAGCUGUUCAUGACUCUUCUGGAAAACACUUUAAUCAAACAGAAGAACCCGGAUGUGCGGAACAUCAUCCAGGACCAGUUCUGCGGGCAGUACGCCUAUGUCACCAUUUGCAGUCACUGCGGCCGAGAGUCCAAGUUGGUGUCAAAGUUCUAUGAGCUGGAGCUGAACAUUCAGGGCCACAAGCAGCUGACGGACUGUGUCACAGAGUUCCUCAAGGAAGAGAAGUUGGAGGGAGACAAUCGUUAUUUCUGUGAGACUUGUCAGACCAAGCAGAACGCCACCCGCAAAAUCCGAUUGGUCAAGUUGCCGCCAACCCUGAACCUCCAGCUCAUGCGAUUCGUCUUUGACAGACAAACCGGCCACAAGAAGAAGCUGAACACGUACAUCGCCUUCUCCGAGACCCUGGACAUGGGGCCCUUCGUAGAACAGCCAGGCAGUAAUUAUAGUUAUGAGCUGACCGCGGUCCUCAUACACCGGGGUGUGAGCGCCUACUCCGGGCAUUACAUCGCCCACGUCCGGGACCCCCACACCUCCGAGUGGUACAAGUUCAAUGAUGAGGAGAUCGAGAAGAUGGAGGGGAAGAAGCUCCAGCUGGGAAUUGAGGAGGAUCUAGAACCUUCUAAGGCCAUCGCCCGCAAACCCAAGUGUGCGAGAGGCUAUCACUGCUCCCGGAACGCCUACAUGUUGGUGUACAGGCUGAAGACGGAGGAGAAACCGGAGGUGGAGUUUGAGGUUCCAGGUUUCCUCCAGAAACUGGUGGAGCUGGAUAACUGUAAGUUUGAGGAGUGGUGCGUGGAGAUGUCUGAAAUGCGUAAACAAAGCGUGGACAAAGGGAAGGCCAAACACGAAGAGGUGAAGGAGCUGUACCAGAGGUUAUCAGCUGGAGCUGAUGAGAAAUACGAGUUUGUUCCUCUGGAAUGGCUUCAGAAAUGGCUGGAUGAGUCCACACCGGCCAAACCCAUCGACAACUCCAAAUACCAGUGUGCCCACAACAAGCUGCACCCCGACAAGAUCUCCCACAUGAAGAGAAUCUCAGAGUUCUCAGCCGAAAUCUUUUAUCAGAGAUACGGCGGAGGGCCGCGGCUGAAAGCGGAUUCUCUGUGUGAGGAAUGUGUGGUGGAACGAUGCCGAGUCUUGCGUCUGAAGAAUCAGUUAAAUGAGGAUCACAAAACCAUCGCAAACUUGGUGAAGGUCACGGUAAACAGUGAUGAAGGGUAUUGGAUCGGGAAAGGAUCGUUGCGACGCUGGAGGCAACUAGCAACAGAGCAGCUGGGCCAGCAUGAGGAGGAUUUUGAGCAAGGAGAUCUGAAAGUGAAUGGAAGUACCCCCAAUAAAGAGGAAAUCCUGGAGGAGAAGAGGGAGGACGACACAGAAAUGGCCUUCAAUGAAGAUCUUGUCUGCCAGCAUGGGGGAUUGUGCUUGCCGGAGGGAGAGCGACGGCUGAUAUCAGACACAGCCUGGCACAAGCUGAAAGAGUAUUUCCCUGGCGCUCCCGAGUUCAAAAACGACCAGGAGCCGUGCAUACAGUGCAAGAUUCUGGAGGAAGAAGGGGAGCAGCAUGACGCUCUUCAUAGAAGAAUGGCCAACGAGCAGAAGCUGGCCCUUGCCAACCUCUUCCUGGACAAGAACCGACCCACCGGAGGGGCGUGGCCUCAGGAGACGUCAGAGCUGUAUAUCGUGUCUCAGAUGUUUGUGGAAGAAUGGAGGAAAUUUAUCAGGCGGCCUACCAAGAGCGGCCCCGUCUCCUCUGUGGGGAACACCUUCCUCCUCUGUCCUCAUGGCGGCCUCAUGUUCUCCUUCUCCAACAUGACGAAAGAAGAUUCCAAACUUAUAGCUCUCCUCUGGCCUGCUGAGUGGGACUUCAUUCAGAAAUUCUUCAUGGUCGAUCACGCCAUCAGAAUCACCAGACGGACGGUGAUGACGGAGGAGAACGCCGAGCGCACCGUUUACGUCUCCAAUCCCGAGCUUUGUCCGGAGUGUCGGGAAGGAUUGCUGUGUCAGCAGGAGAGGGAUCUGCGGGAAUACGCUCAGGCCACCAUCUACAUUCAUAAAGUGGUGGAUAAUAAAAAGGUCAUGAAGGAGGCGGCCCCAGAACUGAAUGUCAGCGGUUCUGACCCAGAGGAUGAAAGAGAAGAGCCCAGGCCAGAAGGGGAGAACGAUCCGGACUUCCACCAGGCGAACGGCGCAGCGAAGCGACAGAAGGUCUCCUCCAUCCAGGGGCAGGCCACGUCCUUCCAGAAGCAGGGGAUCCGGCGGAGUACGCGGCACAGGAAGGUGCGAGGAGAGAAGGCAUUGCUGGUCUCUGCUAACCAGACGCUGAAGGACCUCAAGAUCCAGAUCAUGCACGCCUUCUCGGUGGCUCCGUUUGAUCAGAACCUGUCGAUCGAUGGGCGAGUGUUGAAUGACGAUGGCUCCACACUGGGGGCUCUGGGGAUCGUUCCGGAAUCGGUCAUUGUGUUGAAGGCUGACGAGCCGAUUGCAGAUUACUCAGCGAUGGAUGAUGUCAUGCAAGUCUGUAUGCCUGAGGAAGGAUUUAAAGGAACGGGUCUCCUGGGACAUUAACGCUGCCCAUCCCCCCGCAGUGGUUGCUGUAACCUGGAAGACGAUGCCGCAGAGAACCCUGAUUCUGGCUCUUCCAGGGGGCCCCGGGCCCCUCUUCUUCUACUCCGAAUAUUGCCUUACAAUGAAGAUAGCAGAUUGCACUGAAGGACGCUGAUCUAGAAGGAAGUACUCUACUUUUUAUAUGUAAAUAAAGAGGCUGGUGAUGGGAGUGUCCGCCGUCUGCACAUAUAUAUAUGUAUAGAGAUCUUGUUUACAUUCUGUGUGAUGUUCCCCCGCAGAGGCUUCUGUCUGUAAUAUACAAUGUGCUGACUUCUUCUUCUGGCCUGCUUCAAAGUCAUUCAAAUAAAAAACAUUUACUGAGUUUU